AUGGCAUGUGAAACUAAAAUAAAGAGGGAGAGCAGUCCGAAUUGUCGGCUACAGUCGGUGAAAACGAAUGGAGAAGAUGAUCAACUCUUUACUCAGGACCCUGACGUAGGCUUCGAGCAAGCCGGCACAGACAGCCAAGGGGUUGAAGGCGGUGACACAAUCGGUGACGACGCGAAUGAAGAUGACGAUCAUAGGAAAAUCUUUGUUGGAGGACUCAGCAGAGACACGUCAUCUGCUGACUUGAAAAAAUACUUUUCUAAAUAUGGUGAGGUAACCAAAUGUGAGCUGAAGACAGAUUUAGAAAGUGGCCGAUCAAGAGGAUUUGGAUUUAUAGUUUUCAAAGAUACAGCUAGUAUAGACAAGGUCCUAGAAGCCCCUGAGCAUGUACUAGAUGGAAAAACUAUAGACCCAAAGAAAGCUAACCCUAAGAAAAGAGAGCCUAAUCUCAAAGUCUUUGUUGGUGGCCUAAACACUGAAACGCCAGAAUCAGAAAUCCGCAGCCACUUCGAAAAAUUUGGGACGAUUGUUGAUUUAGAAUUGCCACUGGAUCAGAAUGAGAAAAGGAGAGGCUUCUGUUUUGUAUCAUUUCAAUCAGAGGACGUAGUGAAGAAGGUUGUGGAAAAAAGAAUGCAGACAAUUGGUGGAAAAGAGGUUGAAGUUAAAAAGUCUGUUCCUCGUCAAGAUUUCCGGCGCGGAGGAUACCGCGGUGGGUGGUACGGGGGUUAUCCUAGCAGGAGAGGACGAGGACGAGGUUGGAACCAAGGGUAUGGUUAUGGAUAUGGAAACUAUAACCAAGGCUAUGGUGGUUACAAUCACAAUUAUGGCAGCUACAACCAAGGCUAUGGUGGUUAUGACAAUUACUAUGGCUACAACCAUCCGUAUAACAGUGGUGGCUGGGGAGGGAGUUACGACCAAGGCUACAGCAGCUAUGGAAAUUAUGGCUAGUGCAGCUGUCCGGCAGUAUCGAGCCAGUAUGUCAAUGACAUGAACAUCAUUGCGAAGGAUGCCAACUAAGCUCUUACCCUUUCUGUGUAUAUUUGUUUUGGAUCUGCUCUAAGACUUAUUGGUUUUCAUCUGGCUUUGGAUUUAUAGAUAGUAGAGUCCAUGGCCAUGCCUCAUGCUGACUCACCAGAAAUCUGUAAUAAAGUGCAGACCGUUAUUCUGAAAGAAAUGCCUAUUUUGUAGUAUUUACGCAAACCAUUAUGUUAUGCAUAAUAACAGCUCGUAGUGGGCAUUUCUGGUAGGGAUUUCAAAAGUUGUAUAGAACAUUGGGCCAACUCUUGAGAAAAGACCUCUGACUAACCAGACUGCUGAUGUUUUACUUCGUGCUGUGUUUUAAACUUGUUGUCCCUUUGUUUUAAAUCUUGCACCAUUGUUUUCUCUUUCUUAUACUGAUAUUUUGACCCUUUUUCUGUCUAUGGACCAUUUGAUAAAGUAUGGUUGCAUUCCGUUGAUCAUAACAUUAUGUUCAGAGUAAGUCUUGUUGGUUUCUUUCUAUUCUCAAACAAAAGAAAGAAGGGUUCUUAAAGCAGUUGGGGCCAUUGAAACUGACAUUGGUAUCCUGUUUUUGGAAAUUUAGGAAAAGUCACUUGUAUGUCUUAAAGUUUGCAGCAGAAAGUUAAAUAACUUUAAAGGAUACAUUGUUAUUAAUUGCUCCAAACUUCAGUUAUUCUUGAAUACCCUGUUACUAUUUGACAGUUUUUUUAUAGGUUAAGUAUGGUAAUCUUGGGAAUUUUGCAUAUAUUGUUUUUGACAGAUUACGUCAGUAGACUAAAGAACACAUAUCGGGAUUGAUUUUUGACAUUGUUUGCUAUAACCAACAAUAUUUUGCUUAUUUUUGCUUCCUUUUUUCAACCCAAUUGUCCACAUGUAAACCAGAUUAUAACUAAGUAAAUUUAUGUUUGGCUGGGUGCCCUGUUCCAUUUAUGGAUGGUAACAUUGGACCCACUUCCAUGUGCUGAGAUGUGCAAAGGACAUUUUAGGCGAGCAAUGUUGGUAUGCCUGUUUGUGUCCUGUUCACAUUGUAACGACUCGGGUCAAAGUCAGAAAAGAAAUGUAACGUUAUGGUGUUAAAAAGCGAAACACAUUUAAGUAGUAAAAAUGACUACAUUUUCUCUUGUCUCCAAAUACAAGCACAUCGAUAAAUUUUUGUAAUGUCUCACCAAGUAACCCACCAAUAAUGAAACUUUGGUCUUUUACAUUUCGUUGUGAACCUUUCCUUCUGAGGAAGUCGGGCAGUAAUGGGUCAGAAUGGUCAACACAGGCCUUUCAUUGUAAAUGCAUGUGGAAUGCAAAAGCUUUUAAUGGAUACGAGGAUUUCUGUGGAGGAAUGCUAUAAAAUCUCUACAAAGCUAGACCAGUGCAUAUGAUAGUUAUCCCUCCAUGGGUUACAAGCAAUGAAUAUUCAUAAGUUUGGACAUGCUGUAUAUGAUUUAUUAGGUGUACUAAUGUCAAGAACUGUACUUAUAUAAAGUGGCUUAGGUAUGACUUCAGAUAGUUAAAGGCCAUGUCACGAAAGCAUUUCAGCACUUGCUCAUGAAUAUACAUUAUACAGUCUUGACGAUGUUGCAACUCAUUCUGAAUUAAGUCAUUCCAUAUGGGAAGGAAAUGAAUGGUCAUGUGAUACCACACUCUAUAUAAUGCCAUACUAAGCUAGACAGUGCAAAUGUGGGACAAAUACUGGUUCAGUACUGUUUAUGUACUCGUAUUUACUUUUUGUUUCAAAAGCUUACAUCAGCUUGCUGUUCAUUAAUUUCUUUUCUUCUCUUUCAUUUCUUUGCUGUAGGAUAGUGUAUGCUAAAUCAUAAUGGGAAUGCUCCAAGGGUGAACUAGGUCAAACUGGUCUGGAGUAAAACGUCCACAUUCACUUGUUUUAUUCUGUCUCGUUUUGCAUGGUUUAUUUAUCUAUUGAUAUGCAAUUUGUUGAAUGUAUUUCCAUAUUGUUCUAUAUUCUAUACACAUAUAUAUAUAUAUAUAUUAUAACCAAAAGUAUAUAUAUACAUACACACAUAUACCUAUAUAUUUAUAUGGCAUACUGUAAAAUAUGCUUGCCUCUACUAUAAGGAACUGGCUUUAUAUCAAAACUGGCCUUUCAGCUGUAUAAAAUAUGAACACAGUUCCAGUGACUGAAAACAGUUUCGAGUGUUUUGUAUAUAUAUUUCCCACAAGCUUGUUGUUGCUCUGGAAAAGGUAGAUUGAUAGUUAACCCAUGGCAGGUCUCCCUUCCUUGUUUCACAAAGCAGUCAAGGUAUGUUCUCUAAAACUGCCAGGGGCCACUUGCACAAAACCUCUCUAAGUGAGCUUUCUUGUAACGUUAUUUGUAAAUGACAUCUAUGUUAUAGCUUAAUAAGACAUGAUUUAUAAAACAACUUUCGAAAACUUGACUUUUAAAGGUUGUUAAAGUGGGUCCAAGACUACAUGUUUCAGACAUUUGAUAGUUAUGCUACGUAGUUACAUUAUGGUAGUUACAAUCAGUUUAGCAUAACAUCACUUGUGGAAUAGAGCCCAUAUCACUUACCAACAGACUGUGAUGUCAGUAAGAAUAUUGAGGAUGUGUUCCAUCCUAAGGUUCUAAUCUGAUAACAGUUUUGGCAACCCGAUAGCGAGUGACAAUGACAGGUGAAAUUUUGUUACUUAACAUACGAAAACAUGAGAGAAAACAUUCAAAAUAUUAACUUUGACAUUUUAGAUUUUGAAAAUUUACUGAAACUUUAUCUAGUGACGAAUACCAACAACCAUACUUUUUGCCUUGUGAUCAGGCUACAUAUUUGGAAGAGAAAAGCUAAAGGUUCAAAAUUCUGUUGGCAAUGGAGUGACUAGUCUGGUUUCCAGAGUAAUUAUUCAACUUGUCAUGUUGUCAGUAAGGGUAAUAUUGAUGUUCUUAAAAAGGUGUGACAUAAAAGUGUACAAUGUUAAUAAGUUCUGAAGGUUUGAGUGUGUUGAUGAAACACCAGUGUUUUGGAAGUCACAUAGGCCCACUUUACUGUGUGUGAAAUCCCACUUUCUUUGAUAGCUGGUGCUGACUGUAUUAGACUUUUUAUCAUAUGUUGAUUGCUCUGAACAGUGUGCCUUGUUAACAUUCAAUUCCCGUCUCAACAAUCCACUCUUGAUAUUAUCGAUCGAGAAUCCUGUAUAUUGAGUGGAUGGUCCGGUCAUUGGAGUGUGUUAAGCCACAGUUGUAAAUAGCCCACAAUUAGUGCAGACAAAAUUAAACAGUGUAUUUUUUCUGUUAUAUGUCUAAUUUCAGUAUCGGUAUCUAUUUCUUUUCUUUCUUUUUUUUUUUGUCCUUCCUGUCAUUAUUAACAUUGGGAACGUGGCGUAAUGUGGUUAACUGUUGUAAUGAUUUUCAAGAAAGUUGAACAUCAUGCAUGAUAAUUUGACAGGAGAAUGAAACUGAAAUUGACCACAAGUUUGGCUACGCUCUCAUUUUUGAUUCUCUUAGUUUGGUACAUAUGUAAUAAAUGUAUUUAUCAGUUGCUGAUAUGUGCUCCAUGUUCUUAAAAUGUUCAACCAAAUAAUAGCCUUUGUGUAGAAUAGAUUCUGCAAUGGAGUAUCACUGCCGCAAAAGGAAAUUUCUAGAGGGUUUGCCAGAGUUUUCCUAUUUUUUUGUGUGCGUUGUAUGUUUGAAAAUUGGGAGACUAUGUUACAUUUCCAGAAAUUUGUUGGUAAGCUUUCUCUUAAAUCUUGUCUCAAUCCAAGUGUUUGAAUCCAGACAAGAUCAUUUACAAAAGUAGUUAUACAAAAAUAUAUCCUUAAAUUUCAGUGAAAAUUAGUCAAGAUGUCCACCAGUGGUCGUUCUGUUUUUGUCAGGAACUCUGCUAAAAGCUGUGACCUGUAUAAUGCUGUUAUUAAAACUUCACAGAAGUGGAUGCCAUACAGUUGCCAUAUAGAGGGAGUAUAAGAUCAAGAACAACAUCUGCACAUGUUCGUGUAUAGGCUUAUCUAUCUCACAGGUAGAUCUCAAUAAUUUAUUGGUUAAUACCAGUGAAUUACACUUACAUUUUUGGGUACCAUCACCUAUGCAUUGAUUUAUUGAAUAUUAGCAGGUUCGUGGUUUUGUUGGGAUCAGUCCAGUUACUUUGAUUUCAUUGUACAUGGCCCAUCUCAUUUGUAACCUUUACUGUUCAUCUUAGUUUGAACUUUUCAGUUCAGCUUUUAGGUUGCAAUCAUGUAUUACCUUAUGUACAAGGUAAAUAAAAACAUUUUACAAAAAUUUGAA